CGGCCCGGUACGGUUCUGUUACCCCGUCGUGUCAGAGGGUCCGCUUUCGUGAUGGGAGCUCACUGCCGCGGUAAUAUCGGUGGGUGCCAUCGGUAGCCGAUUCCCAACGCCGAUAUACCAUUCUCAGUGUUAUCCGUGUGGUACUAGCUUGUCUUUCCGAGGGUGCGAGCGGGCGUGCGUAAAGAGAGGGGUGUUAGCAGGGCGGGAGUGCGUGAGUGCAGGGGAGGACAGGGCAGUGACACACAGCAAAAAUACUCCAAGGCCAAUUUGACGGGGAUACGAUGUCGAAGACUUGAUUAGAAAACGAAAUUAGUCGGUAAGGAAGCUGAGGGAAAAAAUUAGCUGGUACAAAAUUGCAGUUCGAUGGUAUUAUCGUUGUUGUACCCGCGACUGGGGUAAUUCCGAGACGUCAUCGCCCUUCUUUCAGCAAAAACAAACACACUUGCAUCGCAUGCGGAAGAUUGGAUUCUUCGUUUACGCUUUUCGCACGUUAGAGGUGAAUAUCGGUGAAUAUCGCUAGUCAAUGUUGAUGUAAUAGAGAGUAAAAUUUAUGCAAGGGAAACAUAAUAAAUGAGAGAAGAUAGUCUUUAAGUCUGAUUAUUUAUUUCGAGGCUCGAAAAAAGAAAUCUAUUUUGCUUCUCGUCCUUUUCCUCGAAUAGGAAGUAAAUUUUUCGAAUUUUCAUCCCUCGGAAACGAGCCGCCAAUCAAGAUAAUAACGCCGCGGGAAGAUCGCCCUGAGUCAGUCCGAAUGAAGAACGAGAUUUUUCCACGCGGAGUUUUAUUCCCGAAGAGACGGCAAGUAACUUACUGAAAGAAAGACCGCGUCAAGUUCCAGCCGGAAUUUUCGACAUACAACUCUGACAAUAUGUCUGGGAACUACUCGGUGCGCUGCGAGCCGGGCCUAGUGAUACCGCUCUGGCGUCCGGAGAACAACUUGCAUCUAAUCGACAUCAUCUUCCGGGGCCUGGUGUACUUUUUUUUGCUGUUAUAUCUGUUCAUCGGCGUGUCGAUCAUUAGCGAUCGUUUUAUGGCUGCCAUUGAGGUGAUUACGUCCAAGGAGAAAGAAUUGGUGGUGCGUCGUCAUGGGAGGGAGCCGCAGAUCAUCGUGGUGCGAGUGUGGAAUGAAACGGUAGCCAAUCUGACUUUAAUGGCGCUCGGCAGUAGUGCUCCCGAGAUUUUGCUGUCCAUCAUUGAAAUUUGGGCGAAGAACUUUCAAGCGGGUGAGCUGGGCCCGGGCACGAUCGUUGGCUCCGCCGCUUACAAUCUCUUUGUUAUCAUUUCCUUAUGCGUGUUUGUGAUUCCCAAUGGUGAGACUCGGAAGAUAAAACACCUGCGCGUUUUCUUCGUCACCGCCACUUGGAGCAUCUUCGCCUACGUAUGGCUCUACGUUAUCCUGGCGGUUUCCAGUCCCGGUGUACUGGAGAUCUGGGAAGGCAUCUUGACCUUCGCCUUCUUCCCAGCCACAGUAUUGACGGCUUACGUUGCUGAUCGACGACUGCUGAUCUACAAGUAUCUGCACAAAGGUUACCGAAUGAACAAGCGGGGUGUAAUCGUGCAGGCGGAGGCUGGGGAUUCCGAGAUGGGGGUGGAGCUGGAAAUCAAGCCUCAGCAAGAUGGUUUUCACGGCAUGGUGGACCGCCUAGCCGACGGCGAUUCUCCCGAAGCGAAAGAGUUCGAGCAAACUCGCCGAGAUUACAUCAAUACAUUAAAGGAACUGCGUAAAAAGUACCCUACUUUGGCUCUGGAACAAUUGGAAGUCAUGGCUCACGAGGAGGUAUUGGGAAAAGGUCCUAAGAGCAGGGCCUUUUAUAGAGUGCAGGCUACGAGGAAGAUGGUAGGCGCGGGCAACCUCAGCAGGAAGAUCAGCGAAAGAGCGCAGAGCGACCUUAGCGAGGUCAAGGCCGAGUUGCAGAAAGCUGAAGCGGAGAGUAUCGAUAUCGAACAUGUCAACGCCAUGAGAGUAUUUUUCGAACCUGGUCAUUAUACUGUGAUGGAGAACGUUGGGACCUUUGAAGUGGGCGUUUCCAGGGCUGGAGGUGAUCUCAGCAGACCCUGCACUGUGGAUUAUUGCACCGAAGAUGGCUCCGCUGAAGCGGGAUCUGAUUAUGUGAGUGCCAAGGGCACUCUGACUUUUGAGUCUGGCGAGACCAUGAAGACUAUCAAGCUUUCAGUUAUCGAUGACGAGUUAUUCGAGGAGGAUGAACAUUUUUACGUGAGGCUUAGUAAUGUAUCACAACCAGCAAUGCUUGUCUCGCCGAGCUUAGCAACGGUAAUGAUUCUGGAUGACGAUCACAGCGGCAUUUUUGGGUUUCCCGAGAGAGAUGUAGAACUAGUGGAGAGCGUGGGUCAGCAUCCUCUGCGGAUAGUGCGCUAUAGUGGGGCCCGAGGUCGCGUUAUUAUCCCUUAUCGUACUAUGGAGGGCACUGCGAAGCCUGGCAAGCAAUAUGUGCAUACCGAAGGCAGCUUGACGUUUGAGGAUAAUCAGACAGAAAAAGUUAUCAACCUGGAAAUUAUUGAAGAGGAUUCCUACGAGAAGGAUGCUCUAUUCUAUGUCGAAUUGGGCGAGCCGGUGCUGCAAGGAGGUGAUUAA